GGGGGGCAGGCCAGUAGCCCCUCCCCUCCUUUUCGCCACUGGUGGAUGCACAUAUUCAAAACUUCAGCGUCGCACACACAAACUAUAAAUCACAUUUGCCACUCUACAUGAUUGCGCUUACGUCAGAGACUGGGCCGGCCCACAGUAGCCAAUGGGAAGAGAGUUAUCAGAGUGCGCGCUCGAGGAUCGCACGGUACCAGUGGCAGAAGCGAGCAGCAACGGGUCCGAUUGGGACCUCGCGCGAUAUAUACAUUUCCCGUCGUUUGCAGAGAAAGGCCUGCUUGUAUCAGUAAAAAAGGAACAGCUGGAAUUCUCCAUGUCGCUUUGCAAUUGACUCGAAACGACACUUCUUACAUGUCACUGAGGGACCUCGACACGGGGCCGAGCAACUGUGAGGAUGUCGCGUCGGAAGCAGCCGCACCCGCUUCAUCUCGACACUCUGGACCAACUCAGCAGUCUUCUCGAGCACGGUUCCUGUAAUGAAGAAGAAGAAGAUGGAGGUAUCGGUGAUGAGCACGUGUGCGGUAAAUGUCGUUUGGAAUUCGUAGACUUGUCAGAUUUCUUACACCAUAAGAGAACAUGUACAAGAAAACGCUUAGUGCUUGUUGGUGGUGACGAAAGCAGCGAUGAAUUGGAGGAUGCAGACGAAAUGGGGAUUUCUCCCAUGGACUAUAAAGAAGACCCUGAUAAAUAUGUUGAAGAUCUUUCAACGCUCCCAUACCUCAUGUCCUUGCCGCGUGUCAAAUCCUGUUUUCCAGAAAAUUCCGGAUUGCCUACCACCCUGUCGGGCAAGAAACCGCCUAUGUUUACAGAAUGUGAAGAUCAGCCACUAGACGUAGACAACUUUGCAAAAUCUGAAAUUUAUGCCAACCAGUCAGACGAAAGCAUUGUGAAUGAAAUUAAGAAAGGCACUUCGCCUGAUCUCAGCUCUCUUCCGACUCCGCAAUCACUACCUCAAUACCUCCUUAUGCAACCUGUUCCAGACACAAAUGUUACUUUGCAAGCGUUACAGAACACGCGAGUGGCUGUCGCUCAACAAGGAGCUGGAAACACGAAUCUGUCACACCUUGCUCUGCACACGGCCCUGUACACCUUGCAGCAGCAACAAAUUAUUCAGCUUCAUCAAGUUAUUCAACAACUGCAAAGUCAGUUGGCUGGUGCAGCGCCAACAGCUACUAAUUCUUUAAUAUCCAAUGCUCCUACAGUGGGGUCGCUGACGGGAUCUGCAGCUCUGACGCCACCUCAAAGCACAGAUGGCAACAACGGCGGCAUCUUGGCUCUCACAACAACAGCUUCAUCCCUACGCACACUCGAAACCGUUACACAAGCACAAAACCUCUCAGUAACAACCACUGCUACGCCAACAUCGACAACGUGUCAAAGCUCAUCUUCUACUGAUAAUCCAAUUUCAGUAGUUUCAGCUCCUCCGCCAGCACCACCUCAUGAGCCUAACACUUUAGAAUUAUUACAAAGACAUACUGAACAAGCUCUUCAAAACACGAUGGCUGGUAGCUCAUUUCUAUUAAAUGGACUGAGUGGACUUGGAAAUAGCUCUGAUAUACUGCGAUUUUGCAAAAAAGGAGAUGUUAAGAAGGAAGGUGGUGAAGAAACAUUUUUCCGUCACAGAUGUCGUUUUUGUGGUAAAGUUUUUGGAAGUGACAGUGCUCUACAGAUCCAUAUACGAUCACACACUGGUGAAAGACCAUUCAAGUGUAACGUCUGUGGCAAUCGUUUUUCAACAAAAGGGAAUUUGAAAGUACAUUUCGGAAGACACAAAGAGAAGUACCCACAUAUAAAAAUGAAUCCACACCCUGUUCCGUUACAUCUGGAUAAUCUACACCCUCCUAUAGAACCGCCGGAAGCUUCUGAAACUCCACCUAUUCUUACACAGAGUUCUCCAUGUCAGACAAUUGCUCCAAGUCUACAGCCUCCAAAUUUAAUUCCAGCGCAGCCAUUACCUUUAGUUACUCAUUGUCAUGACCGAAGCCUUUCGAGCCCAGCUGGAGCAAGUACUCAUGAAACAGGUCGACAAUCUGACCAUGAUAACAUGCAAUCCGAUCGCAGAAGUAUCUCUCCAAACGAAGUUUCAAAUUUAUCUGAUGAUUCCGGUGGCUCAGCAGCAGAAGAUUAUGGAACAGAUGAAAAUGGUAUGAAAGAUACAGAUCAAGUACGCUAUGAAGAGGAUAUUGAUAAUGAUGAUGAUAGUUUUUCAGUAUCACCGAAGAUAGAGCAAAAGGAAGCAGAUGAUAAUGCAGAUGAAGAAACAAAACCAUUAACAUCAGAAAAUAAUGUUUCUAUCAGAAAUACUACAUCCAUUCCUUCCUAUGUCAGCAGCUCAGCACCAACAUUCCCUUACUUCUUCCAUCCUACAUUAUCACCACCUUCCAGUAUAGCUUCGAUGUGUUAUCCACCACUGUCUACGCCACCUUUAACAAGCACUCCUUCUUCAAGAAUUUCUUGCACAAGCAAUGCAAACAAUGACGGUAAUGAUCAAAUAGGACCUUCCCCAGAUCCAAAUGUCUAUCAAGAUCUAUUACCCAAACCAGGUUCAAAUGAUAAUUCAUGGGAGAGUUUGAUGGAAGUCACAAAAACCUCUGAGACAUCUAAAUUACAACAACUUGUGGACAAUAUAGAGCAUAAAUUAAGCGAUCCUAAUCAGUGUCUAUUUUGCCAUAGAGUCUUGAGCUGCAAAAGUGCGCUACAAAUGCACUAUCGCACGCAUACAGGGGAACGACCAUUCAAAUGCAAAAUUUGUAGUCGUGCCUUUACAACAAAAGGAAAUCUUAAAACUCACAUGGGAGUACACAGGGCUAAGUCUUCCCUCCAAGUCUUACACCAAUGCCCAGUCUGUCAUAAGCAAUUUACUAAUUCACUGGUUUUACAACAGCAUAUUAGAAUGCAUACUGGUGAACCGACUGAUAUGCAUCCUGAACAAAUAAUGGCAAAUGAAGUGAGACAAGGUCACCUUUUAUCUACCUCAUUUCCAAGGCCAACAAUGCCUUCUUUAUUGCCAACCUUUACAUCUCCAUCAUCUCUCCCACCUCGUUCUUCACCAGCAGGUCCACCGAAUAUAUGCCAAACACCAAAAUCUUCUGAAGCUCCUUCACUUUCAUCAUCUCCAGUUCGCUCUACUUCUACUCCCACAGAGAGUGUUAUCAAAACUACUUCAAAACAAGCAGAUAAUCAAUCAAUGGAUGAAUCUUCUUCGCCAACAAUGGUAGGAAAUAACUCACGGCCUCCUUCUGCUAAACAAGAACGAUCUGUAACACCUCAGCCUCCAGUCUUGACUUCAAAUUCAUCUCCCAAUGUCACAUCCAUAGGAAAUUCUCCUCGAGUUCCUUCACCGAACAUGGACAAACCAAUCGUUACAACAGCUCCAUAUUCUCCUGCAUACACUACUUCUUUAGUAGCUUUGGAAAACCAUGUCAAGGCAAUCAAUACUACCAUUCCACAAACAUUGCCAUUUUCACCUUUUGGCAUGGGUCUAGCGAUGGGUAGUUUUUUCCGAUAUGAAGAUCCAGGUUUUAUGAACAGGAAUCCACCAAAGGACUUGAAUAACGAUAAAUCUCCUGCACCUCCCCAAUCAUUUUCACCGUCUCCAAAUACGAGUAGAGCUGGAUCAGAAGCUUCUGCUGAUGAAAGGUCAACUCCAGGUUCGGUCGUACAAUCUGAAUCUCCCGUAUCCGUCAAUGGCAAUCAUAUGCGACUAUCUUCAGGUGUAAUAACUACGAAAGUUGAAGGAGGAGCUUUAGACUUGACUCCUAAAAACUCAAUCAUUUCAGUUCCACCUUCUGUGCCAGAUAUUCAGCUCUUCACCUCACCCCUUGCUGGCCUGCCUUUUCCAACAACACCUGGGAGAUUGUCAACAACUUGCCGAAUCUGUUUCAAGACAUUUGCUUGUAACAGUGCAUUAGAGAUACACUACCGUAGUCACACCAAAGAACGUCCGUUUAAGUGCAAUGUUUGUGAUCGUGGUUUCACCACUAAAGGGAAUAUGAAGCAACAUUUGUUAACUCAUAAGAGUCGAGAUCUCCAACCUUUGCUUUUCGCGUCUACUGAUAAUUCCGUGCCCGAUAGCGAAACGAACUCUUCCACGAACGUCACAAGUCCACGAACUUCAAGCCCAGGUACAACGCCAUUCGAAACGAACAGUAAUCAUAACAGCGACAAAAAAGAUGUAGUAAUGACAGCAAUUUCCACCAUUUCUACAACUAUAACUUCAUCAGCAGUAACAGCAAUUAUGUCGACACCUACACAAGUUUCACCAGCGGUUAUUACUUCAAGCUCCCUUCCAAAAAGUAUUAAAACAGAAAAUGAAGGAAGCGCAAAGAGACAUCUCUCUGAUCAAACUUCGGUAACUCCUUCGAAACAGCGACCUUCGGGUACACCAAAGCAUUUCUGCCAUGUAUGUCAGAAGCCCUUUUCGAGUGCCAGUGCUCUACAAAUUCAUAACCGUACCCAUUCUGGGGAAAAACCUUUCAAAUGCGUGGUCUGCGGCAGGGCAUUUACCACCAAAGGUAAUUUGAAAGUUCACAUGAAUACUCAUAUGGCUCAGAAUAAUGGGAAUUCCCGCAGAGGAAGGAGAAUGUCCUUAGAAUUUCAACCUCCACCACUUCCAGCUCACGGAAAACAAGAAUAUCCACAUCACGCUAGGCCAGAUUUGUAUUUUCCAUACCUUCCUCCUGGUUAUAUUAACGGCAUUACAUGUCCACCAAAAAUGAAUGAAAUAUCAGUUAUUCAGUCAGCCGCUGGCAUAACUAACGGCAACAUAAGUACACCUAGUACCAUGAAUCUCACUCCUGCCGUGUCGAUGAUGACCCCCGUCAUGACACUGGGCCAACAUCAGCCUUUUAUUAGAAAGCAGACACAGCAGAGCAACGACAGUGAUGGGUCCAGUUACGUGGAUCCGCGCUCACCAGAUGAAGCAGAGAAUUUAAAGAUUCAACCUUCACCGAGUCCACCUAUGGAAAGUGCUUCCCCCGUUCGUCCCAUCCCAUCCUCACCAUCAACAACUUCUGAUAAUGCUGCCUGUUGGAACUGGAAGGCAGCUUGUAAUGUAUGCAACAAGAUCUGUUCUUCCUCUUCUGACUUAGAACUCCAUUUGAAAACUCAUUGUAAUCCUGUAAUACAUGACACUGUCAGGUCUGUGUCACAAACUGCAAAGAAUCUCGCCUCGUAGGUAUGAUUUCAUCCACACUUUUUUGGAGCGUAGUCAAUUCAUUGAAGAAUGCUAAUUUCUUGACUCUCUCCUACUAUGUGUGUGUAACCAUGAUGAACGAUCUACCAACCCAUGCUUUCAAAUGAAGUACGUUAAAGCAGGCUUUGCUUCAAUUCGAAUACAGCAGGGAGCCUUGAAACAAAAGAGACGCUUUUUCGGGGGAUGUAGGACAUAAAAUAUUAUCAAUAUCAUUUACUUUUGUUGACGUGCUGGAUGAUCGUCGUAUUUCCUCCUCUUCCCCCUACCUCCUGGUCAGUCAGAAGUAUGACCGGGAACAUUGGUUCCUAUGAUAACUAGUCUAAGUCUUGCACCCUGGUCUGCAUACUUCUAACACACGUACGAAAGGGAAAGGACAAUAUUACCUAUGAUAAAGCUGUUAAUAGCUGUUUAGGUGGUAGCCAACGUGCAAGGUAUUCUGCUCCUUUGUUGUACUUAGUAUUAUUGCACAUUGAUGGGUGUCACGUUAAGCCCAUUUGUUGGAACUAUUUAUGUACAUGUAGUAAACCUAAUAUAAACUGCAAGGCAAUUUACACGGCUACGUGACUGUUAGUUAAAAUAUUCUGCCUAUUCUUCGUAUGUGUUAUUUUUCUCCCUGUCUGAUUGUUAUGUUUGUGUGCAAAGAAACGUGAAAAAUUCGUGACUGUCAGAAGAUAGCACAGAUUGCUCUGUCGAGCAAUUAAGCUUCAAUUCUGUUCAUUGCAAUAUGUUUUGUAACACUGAUUGUUUUUUUAAAUUAUUGUAUUUUGUUGUUGUUCAUGUGGAAAGAGUCGUCCUAAUCCAUUUUUUUUGUAUAAUUAUUAUUGUGAGAUUCCUUUCAUGUAACAGCAUACUUCUCUAUUUUUUUUUUUAAUUUAAAUAACUUCCCAGUCUUGAAAUUUUGAAAAACGGGCAACAAAAGGCAAAAAUCCAAUCCAAUCGAAUUAACCAAAGCUUAUAAAGCCGUUUUCUGGAUUUAAAAUCCAAGAUCAAAUACGAUAUGUGCAUUUUUUAAAAUUAUACGUAUAUAUAUUUUUUUCCUAACGAAAUAAUUCUGCCUCAGUCGUUAGAUAUCUCAUUUCUUUCAACUCAAUUAUUACGGUUGGCUUGUUUCUUUAAUUGAUGAUAAAUUUCAUGUAAAUUGUGAAACCAAAGAAAAAAAUUAUAUUUUCUUUAUACAUUUGAUUAUUGAAUCAAUUCUUUAAAUCGAAACAUAUUUUUCUACAAAAUAAGUUUUCAAUUAAUCUCCUCUGAGCAUUUCGUAAUUAUCUUAAAUUUUUCUAUUCCACAACGUCAAUCAGAAAACGGCUUUACUAUUUUAAAUUUAAUCAAAUACAUUAUUUUCUUUUGUAUUUUUACGGAAGUUAGUGUUUUUUUAUUAAUUUUCCCAAAGAAAUUUUAAUUAUCCAUUUUAAAAUCAUUUUAUAAUCCGCAUUCAUUCAAAAACCAGUUACGCAAGCGUUUAAUUAUGCCUUUCUAUUAAUCGUAAUAACACACGGUAUGAUUUUCAUUCUUCAUUUUUAAUGCUUUUGCGGGGGGGAGCUUUCUCUACUUCAGAGGGUUCAGGCAGAAAGUAAACCACCUUGCUUCUAUGUACAUAAUAUAUUGUUAUAUCUAAAAAUUUCUGUAAAUGUGGCUGAAUAUAAUAAUGUCGUUCCCCAACUGGAAAGUUAUAAAUUCUAAGAAAAUGUUUUCAUCACCUCUCCAACCUUUAUGUAAGAGGAGAAUGAGCAGUUGCUGUCUUUCAAGCUUACGAUUAAAUAUCUGAUAUGGAUUUAUGCUGAAAUCCCUUUAGAUAUGUUUCACAAAACUCAGAACAACAGAAUGAGUUGAUUUUAUUCUUUUGGAUUAUGUAAUGAGUUGUAGUGUAGGUUGUAUUGUUCUAGAAUUAGAUUAGGUUUAGUUAUUCCCUUUUGAUUUACUUUAAAUCCUCGUGUUCCUUAUGUUCUACAAAACCUCAUUUUUUUACAAAACCGAAUUACACUUUUCUUUUAAUUAAAUGUUGAGGCACGUAAAUUUUCAAAAAUAUAAACGCUAGAAAGCCGACACUUAAAAACGAUGAUAAUUUUUAUUAUUUUAUUGCAUUUUUAAAUAUUCUCUUAGAAGCAAAAUACAAGCAAUUAUAAUUAGAAUGUAUAUAUUAAAAAAUUAAUCAAAUUUUUAAAGGUCAGUAAGCAUAUAUGUACAUAUACAAGUGUCUUUGUAUGUAUACAUGUAAUUUUCUACGUUUCAUAUUUUUGAGUCUUUACAUUCUUUGCUUGCCAGCCUCAAUCCAUGUCCCAAAGUGGCGUAAAAGAGACGUAAGUACUUUAAAUAAACGUUUAAACGUUCCAUUGCUUGCAUAUAAUAGCACUAUUAGUUUCUAAAUUACAGCAGUCAGUGCUUUUUAUUCUAUAAAAUUACUUUUCAUUUUUAAAACAAAAAUCUCUAAAAAGCUAUUUGAAUAUUAAUGUGAAUAACUUCUUUAAUCUGCUUAUACAUAUUUUAAAUACUUCUGAAAACUUUGAAACUCGUAUUAGUUUUUAUUUAUUUAUUUAUUAUUAACAACUUGUAAACAAUUAUGCAAUUUUUUAAGAAUAGCAUGAAAUGCUGAUAAUUUAGUUAAAAAAAAUUAUGAAAAGCGUUUAUAACCAAAAGGUCAUUCCAACCCGCCCGAAGGUAAGCGGAAGUCAUUCAUUUGGUAAAUGAAUUAAAGAAACACGUUCUUUGUCGAAUGAUAAACAUGCUAAAAAUUCAAUUCACAACUCUUAUUUAUUUAAUAAUACAAUGUUACUUACAACAUUGGUGUAAAAUACUGUAAAGGAAUUCUUAUCUUAAAUGUGUGAACAUUGUCAACAUGUUGAGUGGGUAGUGCAUAAUUCUCCUUUAGGCGAAUAAUAUUCUUAAAAAUACAUAGUUUUUUUUUUUUUUUUUUUUUUUUUUUUUGCUCGACUGCUAUAAUUUAUAUAAUCCUAUUUUGCAAUAUUCGUCACUGUGUGAUUUUUCAAACUACUAAUCCUCUUUUAUGCCGCUGAUCUUUGUGAAAAUCCCUAUCUUUUUUUUCCAGUUACUUUGUGAAAAUAUUUGUAUUUGAUGUGGGUCAUACACAAAAAGAGUAAUAUGUCUAUGCAAACAGGGAAGAAAUAACAUCUCGGUCUUUUGAAAAUUUUUAUUUUAAAUGCCAUGCAAAAACAGACAAUGCUUCAUGAAAAGGCAUGGUUCAUUUAUUUGCAUCGAAUCAGCUCCAAAGCGGCAGUGGAAUUUGCUUUCGUAUUGCCUUAUGCGAUUAAAUCAUUCGUGAAAAUCAGGUGGAUUAACCGUAUGUCAAAGCCAAUUAACUCUAAAAACAUUGAUUAUUAAAAAUGUUUAUUAGUUCAAAUGUGAAUAAUGUAAAAGUUGCAUACAGAGUAUUUAAUUAUUUGAUAAUAUUAUUCUGAUAAAAUUCUAAAUGCAAACAGCAUUGAAGAAUAAAAAUAUUGUAUGAUAUUGCAUGAUAUACAGUAUUGUUUAGUAUAGUACAAUAUGUGCUGAAGAAAACUUAAUUCUUGAAUAUAGUUACAACAUCGUAUUUUUAUGGCAUGAAUGUUGUAAGAAUUAUAAAUUAACCUAAAUAAAGACUUUAAGGAGCUGAUUUGAUGUUACUUAAAGUUCAUGUCUUUUCUCACUAAAUAUUGUUUACGUUCUCAUAUUAUUGAAUCUCAGGAUAUAACUUUAUUACAGCCUCGUAGCUGCUUCAUUAAAUGCUACGAAAGUGAUGAUACCCAUGUCUCAAGAUUCCUGGUUCAGGUUCCCGUUUAAGUCUUUCAUUAAUCUUUUUUGUAAAAAUACCGGAAGAAUUUCCAGUUUUUCUCAAUUGUUAUCAAUCAUUUUAUUUUUAAACUGUAUCUUUUGAUGUUUUCCGUUUUUACAAAGGCAGUAUUUUAUUGUCAAAUAAAUAUUUUUAUACACCAAAAUCCUGCGAAGUGUUGGACAAAACCAGGUGUUUGUAUUCCAUCGUCCAACAUUUCGGGGAUUAUCAAUUUGUUUUAUUCGUUUCUAGUACACUUUAUUGCAAAAUGACCGAAUUUGUAAAGGUAACUUAUUUAUUUUUCUCUCUCUCUCUUUUUUGAGUGAUUUGCAAAACUUGAUAUGUAUUUUUUGUAACGUUCGACAUUAAGUGGAUUGUGAUUUUAAAUGUGCUAUUUUAAUCUUUUCGUUAUUACAUUGCAUGCACGGACAUUUACUAGAAGCAUUAAGUAGUUUUGGGAUGUAAAAUUAAGGGAUAUAAAAUGCUGAUUUUGGGAUAAUAAUAACAUUUGAAAAUAUGUGUCGUUUUAUUUUUGAAUACACCGUGAAAAUAAAAUGACCUUCCAAAAUGUAUUGUAACUGUUUUGUAUCUUUAGUAAAGUUUAUAUUUUAUUUGUGCAUCUAUUUUUUGUCCGUGCUCGCUCAAUUAACCAGUCAGAUGGACAAGUUUGGGCUUUAUUUAUUCAUAAAUGAAAGAGGAUUAUCAAUAUAAUUCAUUCAAACAUAUAACUUAUGUACUGCAAAAAAGUUAAACAAAUAACUUUUAUAAUGCAUUUUUUAAAAUGGUGCAUUAUUAAGAUAUUAAAAAUUAUAUAAAUGCAAAAGAAAGCUUGUUUUUUUAAAAAUAUCCUAAGAUUAAAUUUUUGAAUCAGAGAAAGUAUAGUGUUACAUUUCUAUAUAAGUAUAAAAAUUAAAGAUUGUCGGUAUAAAGUAACUAUCAAUUGAAUGAUUUUCAUGAAAAUAUUAUUUAAAACAAGCCAGAUAAUUAAAAAAAAUUACUAAAAUGAUCAAAAUUAAUCACACAAAAUCACCAAUAAUUUAAAGCAUGAUUUUUUAUAGUGCAAUUUAUGCUGUUAUGAAUACUUUGAUUAUUAUUUUUUGGAAGGAUAGAAACCUCACAAAUUAUUAAAAUAAAUCGAUACUAACCAAAUAAAUCCAAAAGCCUUUAACUUACUUUGCAGGAAAUUUUUCUUUCACAUAAAAUUCUCAAAAAUUGAUAUGUUGAGAGUGAUUUAUGAAAGCAUAUAUAUAUAUAUGUGUGUAUAUAUAUAUAUAUAUAUAUAUAUAUAUAUAUAAAUUCACAGAUACGUCCCACUGACUUGGUUAUUUUAAAUGUCAAUUUUGUUUCGUUCAUUUUUUUCAAACAUCUUGUGUUCAUGGAAUGAUUUGAUGUGUAAUUUUUUUGACUUGGUAUUGUUUCAGUUUUAUUUUUUUAUGGUGGCCAUUUCAGUCUGAUUCUUGCUCUUAUAAUCUUCACCAAUGUUAGCUUUAUUUUAAGAGUUUUAAUCGAGAAGGAAAUCAGUUUUCGGACAGAAAGUCAUUGAUACUUUAAAUGAAGAAUAACAUCUAGUGGAGAAAUCUUUAUAUUUCAUAGAAUUUAGUAUUAACUCUCCUAACCUUCAUUUGAUCAAUUGAGUUUUGUAUGAAUUCAAACAAUACUUAUAUUUGUUGUAAUCAAAAUGUAUUGAAAAAAUGCGAUAUAUAUAUAUUUAUAUAACAUAUAAAAAAAAGAAAAAUUGAGUAUGAGUUGGUGUGUAUGGAUCAUAGGGAGAACAAAAAAAUGGGGGGAACAGAUGCAAUGGUGAUACGACAACUGUGAUAUGUUCUUCCUCAUAUGUGUUGAUUGUAGCACAAAUGAUUCUGCAUCGCGCAACCACGUCUUUUCGGUUCUGUACCGAGAAACAAUUAUCAUUCCACAGAAUCCCGGGAAUACAAGAGCCGGGAAUCUUGAAGUCACUUUGCAACGUCCGAAGCAGCUCUUCCCUUCUCUACUUCAUGUAAAUAACACCAAAACGAAAUCACAUUCAAGAAUCAACAAGUGUUUUAGAGCAGGUAUUUAGUGUGAAUAGAAACAAGUCGUGCGCCCGUGUGAUCUGUUAUUUUAUUGUUUGUUUGUUUUAUUUUCUCUCUCUCUUUUUAAUACUGACCGAUUCUGUUCCAAUUCGGUGAUAAUGUUAGUUGUUUUGAUUGAGCAAUGGCCCCUCGAUCCCUCCGCGAUUACCCAGGAGAUUGCUAUUUUUGUAACAAUUGUAGUUUCGCUCGAGGGAUCGACUGGGGCUCAUGUAUAGCCCUCACGUGCGAGGGCGAACAUUUGGUGCAUGUCACUAUUAAAACUCCUCGACAAA